AUGGAACUUAAUUAUGUCAACCUUUUGAAAACAUUAAUUCACGCAAGCUCAUUUGAAAAUAAGGUACAACAACAAGAUGCCGAGCAGCAAUUGAAGCAAUGGGAGAUACAAACUGGAUAUCAUUCAUUAUUACAAGAUGUUUAUAACAACCAAGAUAAUUCUUUACAAACACGUUGGUUAGCAAUAAUUUGUUUCAAGAAUGGUUUGGAAAAGUAUUGGAGACUGUCCAAACAACACGCUAUAGUUAAGGAGGAAAAACAACAUAUUAUAUUAAGAGCGCUAGACCUGUUGUCAGAAUCAAAUGAACAACUAGUGAUCCAAUAUGCAGAUGCAAUAGCUACAAUUGCAAGAUUUGAGUAUCCUGCUGGUUGGAACGUAUUUGAUGUUCUAUUACAGAAUUUACAAAAAGCAGUGGAAAUGGAAAAUACAAUCAUUAUUAAAAAUGUUUUGGUGAUCAUGAAUUUAGUUAUAAAAAUUAUAGCCAGCGUUAGGAUUGGAAGAUCUAGGAAAGAAAUGCAUUUAAAAGCUCCAGAAAUUGUCAAAAUACUAAAACAACUUUAUGAUCAAUUUUAUGUUUUAUGGGUCAAUUCAUCAGAUCCAACAUUGAUGCAAAUCUGUUAUUUAUGUUUGAAAAAUUUACGAAGAAUAAUACCUGAAGGUAUAGAUGAAUUUCAGAAAGACCAAGAUGUUUCAGAAUUUAUUGGAUCCACUAUUGAUCAUUUCAAGUUUAUUGUAUCAGAAAAGGAUCAACUUUCAAAAAAUGUUUUAAAGAAAUUUACCAAUUGUUAUAGUAAGCUUUACAUUUCAUUAUUAAAUUAUAACCCAACUAGCUUUGUUUUACUUCCAUGUUCAGAUGAUAUCAUAACAACGUAUCUAUCAAUACUACUAGAACAAGCUCAAAAAAAUUAUGAAGGUGAUGAACUCUUAGAAAAUUUAGCAUUGAAAAGUUUUAGCAUUAUGAAAAAAUUAACUACUUUCCUAUUCAAAAAGGGAGCCUUGUCUUUGAAACAAAAAAGUGAAAAAGAAGAUAUUCAAAUAGCAAUAACAAAGCUAGGUGGUAGAUUUUUUCAACCUGAUAAUGUUAAAAACCUUUGUGAUAUAAUCAUACGAUGGUAUAUGCGUCUUCGGAAACUGGAUUUAGAAAGUUGGGAGUCUGAGCCAGAGGAAUGGUGUAAUGAAGAAUUAUCAAGUAGUUGGGAGUAUCAAGUUAGAUCAUGUGCUGAGAAUUAUUUUCAAGAUUUAGUGAAAUAUUUUCCUGAUCAAUUGACUGAAUAUUUAUUAAGUAAAAUUAGUAAUGAAUUAAGUUCUGAAGAUAUACUAGUUCAAGAUGCCAUUUUAUGCAGCUUACAAUUAUCAUCAUAUUCAGUAGCAAAUAACAUUGAUUUUGACGUAGUUUUACAAAAUGUAUUAAUACCCAAAUGCCAAAGUUCGAAUAUUUUAAGAAGAAGAAUUUGUUUAAUUGUUGCAGAAUGGGUUGGUGUGAAAUGUUCUAGAGAUCUGAGAAUCCUUAUUUACAAGAUGUUACUUAGUUUUUUGAAACAAGAAGAUGUGGUAGUGAAAAUCUCAGCACUCAAUUGUCUAAAAGCUUUGGUUGAUGACUGGGAUUUUGAUAAAAAAGAUUUUAAACCAUUUAUUGAGGAAUCGGUACAGUCAUUACUUAUUUCAUAUAACGAGUUUACAAUGACAGAGUCAAAAUUAUUUGCAAUGAAUACUUUGGCAGGGAUUUUAGAAAAAUGUAAUCCAUUAAUUGACAAUAAGGUAUUACUGAAAAUUUUAGAAGUAAUCCCUCAAUUCUGGGAUACUACUGAUGAUGAAACAAUUUUGAAAUCUUCUAUACUAAGAACUUUUAAAAAUUUAAUUGUUUCAUUAAAUGAAAAUUCUAUACAUACUCAUGAUAUUGCAAUAAAACUAAUCAAACUUACAUGUUCUUCAGAUUCUCCAUUAUACUCCACUAUGUCUGAAGAUGGAUUUGAAGUUUGGUUGGCAUUAAUACAACAUUGUCCCACGGAGGUUCAAAAUCCAGAAAUAAUUAAAUUAUUUUAUUUUUUACCGUUUGCAUUAUUAAAUUCAACUGAAAUUUUACCAACCAUAUUGUCGAUAAUUAGAAGUUAUGCUUUAUACCAGCCGUCUAUUUUUAAUAAAAAUCCACCAUUUGAAAUUUUGGCAAAGUAUUUAAAUGAUAUGAGAGAUGAUUCGUAUGAUGUAUUUGUGAUACUUAUGGAAAUAUUAAUUAUGAAUCCAAACACACAAUUGAUUAAAAAUUUAUUUUCUAGUGGAUUGAUACAAAGUAUGUUCAACUAUGUUAUGAAUGAUGACAAUAGUUUAAUUUUAACUAGUAAAAUGUUUAUUUUAUUUAGUAGAUUGGCAAAUCAAUCUUUUUUCAAACACCUGUUGAAUCAAAGCACAUCUGAUAUUUUUUUUAAAAAAUGGCUUGAAAAUUAUGAAUAUCAAAACAAUGCUCGUGAUAAAAAAGUUAAUUUAAUUGGAUUACUUACAUGUAUUGAUAAAUUACCUAAAAAUUUAAGAAUUGAUGUUAUUAGAAAAACAUUUUAUUUUUUAGAAGAAAAUGCUGAAGAUAAUUUUGGAAAUUGUGAAACUUAUAAAUCAGGUUAUUUGUAUUCUGAUAUUGAUGAAUAUUCUUAUUUGGAUUCAAAUAUUAAACCACCUUUUGAAAAAAUUAGAUAUGAAAAAUUAAUGUUUGAUUAUGAUAUUGUUUGUCAAUAUAAUUUAUUGCAGUUUUUGUUGAACUCAUUAGAUGUUUUGAAAGAGAGUCUGGAUCACGAAGUGUUGAGUGAAUUAUACUCAUCUAUGGAUGAUUAUAUGAAAGAAAUUCAUAUAUCCAAUAGAAAUCGAGGCUUAUCUAAUUCAACUAUUACAUUAAGUAAACCAGAGAUUUAUAAAGUUAACUCAGAUCUUCAUGAUUUAAAUCAAAAUACACCAACAUCAAAAAAAGAUAUCUCAGCAAUUAAAGACUGUAUAGAAUCAUUUUACCAAUUAAUUUAUUUAGAGUCAAAUUAUGAUAAUAAAAUUAGUUGGUUUCUAAUUAAUCUAUACAUCAACCCAUUUAUAAGAACUCAUUUAUUAAAGGAAAUUAAAUUACUUUGGCCAAUCUAUUUAAGAUUAUCAGUUCAAUCAGAAGAUGCAAUAUUGUUACGUAAAUUAAUUGAUGAUGCAUUAAGUAAUUCACCUUCAUUAAGUUGGCUAAGUUCCAAAUUAUUAUUGAAUUUAUCAAAUGAUAACAAUUUAUACACCAUUAUUAGAAAGCUGAUUAAUACUAAAGAAAAUAUAUCCUUAUUUGAUAAAUUGAUAAAUUUAAAUCGUGAUUUUUCAACUAUAAUUAAUUUAAUAGAAUUAUUUGUAAAACUACAAUUGGAAUCAUUUUUCCUUCCAAAUUUAAUAACUCCAUAUGUAAAAUAUAUUCAAUCAAAAAAUUCAAAUUUUAAAAAUUUACUACAAUGUAAUAUUAAGUCAAAUGUGUUAAAACUCAAUGGUAAUUGUUAUAUUCAACCAAUUGAUUAUUAUUUAUUAAAUUUAUGGAUUCCAACUAAAAUAUCAGUAACUUGUCAUUAUAUAAAUUUAAGAUCAUUUGAAUCUUUCAAAACUUUACCACAAUCAACUAUAAAAUUAAGAUUUGUAUGUGCAAGUGAAAGAAAAACUAGAUCAAUGACUCAACUGAUUGAUGCUUCAAUGAGAUCAUUUGUUGCAAGAACUUCUGAUGGUGAUGAUAUUGAAAAUUUAACCAUGGAUAUAACUAUAAGAGAAACUUUACAUUAUAAUUGGUUUAUAAAUUAUUUGAAAACUUUUAGAAAAUCAAAACAACUGAAAGUUACAAGUACUAUAGAAUCACCUGAAACUUUAAAAGCACCUGAAACUUUAAAAAAUCCAGAAACUUUGAGAGCUCCAACAACUCAAGAAAAACUACAAGCAUUUGAAUCAAGAUCGAGUCAAUCAACUUAUAAAACCAAGAAAAAAAUCAAAAGGAAAAGAUUAGCAAGUGAUUGGGAUUUAACUCCAGAUAUGGAACAUCAAACUGAUGAUAUUGUUGAUUCUGAUGCUUUAUCAACUGCUCCAACUAGUCACAAAAAGGCAAAAUUAAUUGCAAAUAAACCGGAUUGUGGAAUGGAAGGAACUGAUAUUCUAAGUAAUGAUAAUGAUUUUGAUAGAGAUAGUGGAUCUAGAGAUACUCUUUUACAAAAAGUAGUUAAUACAUCAGUAUUGGACUCUUCAAGAAGUAAUUUGUUUGGUGUUGGUGUUGGUGCAAAGAAAUCAAAAACUGAAUCAAUGAGAAGACAGCCAAAUGAUAGAAGAAAUAUAGAUAAUACCAACAACAACACUACAAUUAGAUUUGAAAAUGAUGAAACGGUUGUUGAUAGUGAAGAUCUGGAAAUCAUCAAAGCUCCCAUCAGACAACGUAUUCAUGGAAAUAAAACCGCCUCAGCUACAUUAGAAAGAACUUCCACACCAUUAUCGACUGAACCAACAGAGUAUCCUAAUACUACAACAGAAAGAACCUCGAAUUUUGAAACUUCCACUAAUGGGUUUCAUGAAUGUUUAAAAUUAUUUAGUUCGAACUUAUUGAAUAAAAUUAAUAUGGUAGAAAAUACAAAAUAA